GGGAGACUGGGGGAGACGGUUUAGCGAGCAGAAGAACAGCAUGAGAAUGUGCCUUGCAUACACAAAUACUUAGUCUCCAUACCGUUUGCAAAUGUAAAUAUUUGUAUACUUUAUUAAUAACUUAAAAAAUGCCUAGAAAGUGUUGUGUGUGCAGUGUAGAAGACAGUCAAUUCGACAAUCGUAGUUUUCACUUGUUUCCCAAAAAUGAAUCAUUAAGACAGAAAUGGAUCGAAGCAGUGAACUUAACGAAACCUGUAAAUUUGAAAUACACGUACAUGUGUGGUAUUCACUUCGAUGAUAAAUAUUUUUUUGAGAUUGAUGCCAACAGGAAAAAGAAGCGUUUACGUCCUGAAGCCAUACCUUACAAUAUCAAUAAAAAUACAUCUCAAAAUGUACUAAAUGAAAAUGAACCAAGUAAUGAACCAGUUUCAAAAAAAAUUGUCGACGAAGAGUCAUUUGUCCAACAAGUAAAAGAUGUAGUUUUAAACGAAGAAUUUCCAGAACAUCUGGAAUCUGUUGUGGACAAAGAGUCUUUAAGCCAUGAUCAUACAGAUUUUCAUAAUCAUGAUGAUGUUUAUUUGAAUGAGAAAUCAUCAAAAUUUGAGAGUAGUAAUGUACAGAAGUCAGACUGCGAUGCAAAGAGAAAAAGGAAAUCAACAAGUGUUAGUGGAAAUUCUCCUCCAAAGAAAAUACGCUUCAUGAAUUCCACAAAAACAGAAUAUAUUAGCAGAGAAGAUUUUGUAUCAGAUGAGGCUUGGAAUAAGUUUCUUAGAUUCUUGGCGUAUGAAAAACGUACGGUAGCUGCUGGACGUAUCGAAAACAUUUUUAAAAUGUUUACCUUGCGAUCAAACUCUUAGAAGUUGGUUAUAUUCAAACAAGUGUAAACCAGGGAUAUGUGAAGAUGUAGUAAAUAAUGUUUCUAAAGUUGUCGAAAAUGAAGAGAAAAAGGGAAAACGAUUGGUGUUUAACGUGACUUUUGAUGAAAUGAACAUCAAGCAGCACAAAGAAUUGGAUAAAAGCACAGGCACGUGGAAAGGUCUCGUUGACUUAGGAGGGCAAGUGACUGAAAACAAUGAAAAUGGAGAAAAAAAAAUAGCUAAUAAAGCGUUAGUUUUUAUGUUAGUGUGCAUUAAUGGUAUGUUUAAAGCUCCGGUUGCACACUAUUUAGUACAUUCUUUAAGCGGACUGCAAAAAUCAAUCUUACUAAAAGAUUUAUUAACCAAAUUGCAUGAGAAAAACAUAAAGUUGUCAGUGUGACGUUUGAUGGUGACAGAACUAAUAGGACAGCUUGUGAAUCCUUGGGAGCCCGUUUAAAUUAUAAAGAUCAAAAUAAUUUUCGACCUUUUUUUGACCAUCCAAUUACUCUUGAACCUGUUUAUAUAUUUUAUGAUCCCUGCUAUUGUUUGAAACUGGUACGAAAUUAUUUUGCUUGUAAAGGACCAAUAGUGUACAAAGACCGUUCCUUCAUUAAUUGGGUGUAUAUAAAGAAUCUCAAUGAAAAGCAGCAAAAAGAGAAAUUACACUGUGCGUGCAAAAUUCGAAAUAGACAUGUCAAUUUUUACAGAGAAAAAAUGAAAGUAUUUCUCGCAGCACAAGUGCUAAGUAACAGUACUUCUACAGCUUUACAGUUUUUACAAUUUGACUUGAAAGAUCCAAAUUUUCAAAAUUCCUCAGCUACAGCUGAAUUUUGCAA